AGCUUUCUUUUCUGCCGCAGUUGCUCGCGGGAGAUCGCCAUAACGUCCAUCCAGACUAUUGUGUAUCGAUUUUAGUAUGAUAAGAUCCAGCGGUGACAUCGAUGACUUCACACUACCACCUCACCACGUGCAUUUAUUAUGAACAUACCGCCUUUCUGGCAGCGACGAACUAAAAAUAGUUCUGGCAGCGCCGGCAUUUUGAUGUGGCGAUUUGAUUGUGCUCGAGGAGGGCCGCCGCGCUUCUCUGUGGAUGCAGUGCGUUUUGAAAUUGCGCUAUGUGAGAACUAGCUCAGCCCCUAUGAGAAUCCUCGGGAAGAGCGGCUAACGGGGCGAUAUUUUGUCAUCUCUGCAUCUUUUUACGCACUUUUUCUUCCUCAGGAACUUUCCUCGAUGCCUAAAAGCGCACACUUGUGCGCCUAAAAGCAGCUGGUUGUCUUUUUUUUGCCUUUUCGGCGGCAUUUUUCAGUGAGCGUGCUUACAACAGAACUGUGCCGCUAGUGGCGACGAACUUCAAAGGGAAACAACCGAUGUAGUGUGGAUUAAUUACUAUCUAAUUUCGAAUUUGGUACGAGGUCUCAUGCCUCCAACAUUCCCUCGGAGUAAUCGGUGGCUUAGGACACAGUUUAUCCAGGAAUCAUCUCCUUUGUAGAGGUGCGUAGUUCGGGAUUUGCCUGGAUUGUGUAGUGUCGUCUGCUUGACUGUGUGAAAGUAGAACCGUGUUCCGGGAGCCAUCCAACGCGCGGACAGACGACCAGACGCCAGCAUGAGCCGCACGCCUGUGAAGAAAGUGCCUAUACACUUGCAGAGUGCACAAUCACGGCUGCUUAUCAAGGGUGGCCGUAUUGUUAAUGAUGACCAGUCAUUUGAUGCAGACAUCUAUAUUGAAGAUGGCAUUAUUAAGCAGGUGGGGAAUAACCUUGUUAUCCCUGGUGGAGCCCGUACCAUUGAAGCUCGAGGCAAGCUUGUCAUUCCUGGGGGCAUUGAUGCACAUACCCAUAUGCAGCUGCCAUUCAUGGGGGCUACUGCUGCAGAUGAUUUCUACAGUGGCACCAAAGCUGCUCUUGCAGGGGGCACCACCAUGAUCAUUGACCUGGUUUGUGACCAGCGUGGUGUGUCAUUGAUUGAUGCAUAUGAAAAAUGGCGAAACUGGGCUGAUGGAAAGGUGUGUUGUGACUAUGCUUUGCAAAUGGGUGUCACCUGGUGGAGUGACCAAGUAUACAAGGAGAUGGAGAUUCUCACCCAAGAGAAAGGUGUAAAUUCCUUCAAGAUGUUCAUGGCCUUCAGAAACGCCUACAUGCUUGAUGAUUCUGAGCUUUAUGCUGCGUUUUAUCGAUGUAAAGAACUUGGGGCCCUUGCCAUGGUGCAUGCUGAAAAUGGACGGCUCAUUGAUCUGAAAGCAGCUGAGUUAAUUUCCCAAGGAGUGACUGGACCCGAAGGUCAUGAACUCUGCCGGCCGGAGGAGGUGGAAGCAGAAGCCACCCAGCGUGCCACUACCAUUGCUGAUCAGGCAGGAGCUCCACUUCUUGUUGCCCCUGUGAUGAGCAAAUCAUCAGCUGAUGUCAUUUCUGCUGCACGAAGAAGUGGGAAGGUGGUAUUUGGAAUGCCCAUUGCAGCCAGUCUUGGAACAGAUGGUACCCAUCUGUGGAAUAAGUGCUGGCGUCAUGCUGCAGGCCAUGUAACCAGUCCACCUCUUAGACCUGAUCCCUCAACACCAGGGUAUCUGCUUGACCUCCUUGGAAACAAUGAUCUGCAGCUGACUGGGUCAGACAAUCGCACUUUUAAUGCUGACCAGAAGGCACUUGGCAAAGAUGAUUUCCGGUAUAUUCCUAGUGGUGUCAAUGGAGCCGAGGAUCGCAUGUCUGUUCUCUGGGAAAAGGCUGUGCAUUCUGGCAAGAUGGACGCAUGCAGAUUUGUUGCAGUGACAAGUACUUCUGCAGCCAAAAUAUUUAACAUUUAUCCAAAGAAGGGGCGCAUUGCAGUUGGGUCUGAUGCUGACAUAGUUAUCUGGGAUCCCAAGCUGACACGCAAGAUUUCUGCUAAGACACAUCACCAUGCAGUAGACUUUAACAUCUUUGAAGGCAUGGAAUGCCAUGGUGUGCCGCUUUUUGUUAUCACCAAUGGUCAUGUUGUGGUGGAUGAAGGACAGUUGAAAGUAACUCAGGGUCUUGGCCGCUUUGUUUCAACUCCAUGCGGUGGCGAGGCUGUGUUUGGUCGCAUUAAGGCCAGGGAUCAGGCACGACAACCAAUGGCAGUAGAGCGAGAACCAUAUUCAGGUCCUGUAGCAGAAAUACAAGAAGAGGCUCAAAUCAUGAAGUCCCUAGAUCAUUCAGCCUUCAUGACCCCUGUUGAGCCUUCUUUCCAUACUCGACCUCCAACACGUGGAGGAGGGCGCAACAUGCAAGACUCAAGUUUCUCACUUAGUGGUGCUCAGAUUGAUGACAAGAUGGGUGUUCGUUCAGGAACACGUGUUAGCAAUCCUCCAGGUGGUAAGUCAACUGCCCUUUGGUAAAAGAGCGUUUGUCUACAACCCAAGCGCCAAACAAGACACCUUUCACUGCUUUGAACAUCAACUAUUCAGUUGCCUUUAAUUACUGAACAAUUCCAGUGUUGCAUAGUUUGUAUUGCCUUGCAGAAAUUACUUUGUUGUCAGGUACUAUCUGUCCUGUGGAGCAGUGUUCAGUUGUGUGUUUGAGAAUGGCCUAGCUUGUAAGUUUUGUGAAAGCUUCAGUGUUCAGAAUUUACUGCAUUGAUCAUGGACUUAAGUUUCCACAAUGAUAGUCUGGAUUUUUUUGGGGGGCAGGAAGGUUUUUUUGUUGCUAGUCAAAGAAGGUCUCUUGAAGCCUGUUUUAUUUAUGGUUGUGCAAUUCCAGUAUGGGUUGAAAAAAAACAACCAGAAAGGUUUUAUCUCAAACCCGUAAGCUGUAUUUUGCCUCAGUGUUGAGUUGCAAAACUUUAAAAUUGAUGUGACUGUAAUCUGUUGUUUUAAAGGGAAUGAAAGGUUUUAAUAUUUGAUCUGGAAUAGUAAAUAUUGUGCUUUUUUGUGACUUCUGGAAUCAUACAGUAAAUCCAUCACUAUACCAUCACAUCUGUCUACAGGCAAGAAAGUAAAAAUAGUUUUCUGCUGAAUAAAUUACAAAGAGAACGGAAAAACAGAUUUGCUGGUUGACAAAUGGAUGUACUGUUGGACAGUACUUCUCUAUCUGUGCUCAUUGCACUUAUUUCUCUUCACUCUAAAGGACGGGCUUGUUUAACAUUUUUGUAAUCAGAAGUUCUAGCAGCUAAAAAAAAGCCUAGAACAGAUACACUGGCCGGUGUUGGAUUGCUAUGAUACCUCCUUUCUUGUGUUUUUCUUUAAUGACGAGUAAAAGCUUUGUCAGUGAAAAUCUUGUAUGCUGCACAUUUCCAAUCACUCAAUUUAGUUACUACAAUGAAAAUGUAUAAUUUAUUCUGUUAUUAUUAUUUAUGCAUUAUUCACUGCCAGAUAAGGUCAACAUGUAGUCAUUGGUGUGUAUGUAGAUUAUUCUGUUUCAUCUUCCCCUUUGACAAAUUCACCUUCUUGAUACUCUGAGGCUGUACAUUUACUUGGAAACAGUCUACUUUUCAUCAGAAUGUUUGAAUGUUGGUGUCUGCAAAUUUUAGCAUGAGUAAAAUUGGUGAAUGAUUUUUUUGUUUGUUUGUUUGUUUGUUUUUUUUUUGGUUUGUUUGUUUAUUUUUGAUACAGAAAUAUGGUGCUCCCAAAAUAAUUUUCCAUCCAGCUCCCUUAAGCACUGGAAUCCAAAGAAUGGAAUGAAGCAAACCUUUACAUACUCUUGAGCAUGCUACAGUAUUGAUUUACUAAUCCAUUCUGAUGUUCAGCUCGUACAAGAUAAAACAACUUUUGGUUGAAAGUUGAUCUUUUCAAGUUUAUUUGCCAUUUAACUUUAUAAUCCAUUUGUACUUACAGAUGGUGCUUAUGUCCAGAUUUUCAAUUCACUGGUUUUACUCAUGGGUUAACUUUGAUUUUAGAUCAGUCUGUGGAUAGAAUAACUUCACAUUUCAUGUGUACUUGGCGAGGGUUUGGUCAGAGAUCUGAUGUGAUAAACUGAAAUAUACACAUGGUUGUUCAUGCAUCAGAGGAGGGCAUAUUAUUUGUUGUGUCAAAGCUUAUAAAGCUUAGCAGGAGCAGACUUUCAUGACAGCUGAAUAAAUGUUCAUAAACAGAUCUUGACAGUAAAUGUAACAGGACAAAAAACUUGUAAUUAGAUUGUCAAUGAACCUGACAAUGCAUGUUUUUGCUUCAAGAGGGAAUCAUUCUGAGAGUUAUCAUCUAAUUGAUAGAUGAAUGGAGAGGGGGGAGGUGGUAGGAUUUGUGCUAGGUAAUCAGUUCAUAGUGUGUAAUGAGUUAUCAAUAAGUGUAUGGAAGUAACAAUUUGAGAGAAGUUGCCUGAUAAUCUGUACUAAUGUCGAAGAGGAGAAAUUGGGCAGGCAAAAACUUUCUGACUGUUGAACUGGAGCAGAAUAUUGGGAAAGAAAACAGUAAAUUGUCACUGUGGAUAUGAUGCAAGUUGAUAUACAGUGCUUUUAUGGAGAUGAAAAAUAACUGACAUAUGGCUGUGUUUUGUGUACAGCAGAAAUAGAUGUUGGGGAAAAAGUAAUCUCAAAAAUGCUUUCUUUGCUGUCAGUAGAUUUAUAUUGUUGUGCAAAGAUUUUAUUGCAUACAUUUAAAAAAAUAAUGGUCUAUGUGCCCCAUACUUUGAGUAUUUUAUAUCUCGUAGUUGUUUAAAAUCAAGACACAAAUAAAAUGAUUCUUUUCUUCUUUGGUUUGCGUCUUUUUUUCUUGUAAUAUGUUUGUUCUUGUUUUUAUUUCAUCCUAGUUUUUUUUCUCAUGAAGUUUGAUUAUUCAUAAGUUUUUCUUUUCCUUUUCUGCUCUGUGAAAACAUCCAGGGUCUAUUAUUAAAAAACCCUUUUAACUCAAAAGCUGAGAGCAUAUGCAUAUACACAUGCAAUUUUUGCUUUCUGCCUUAUGCAGACAUCAGCAAUACCCAAGUAGAGCAUACAAUGAGCUUGAUGCAAUAAAAUACCCUUUCAGACAGAAAGUGAUAAUUAUGGAAGAGUUUGGACUUACUGACUUCAACAAUGAACAUUUUAAAAAAAUAUAUCACUCUUUGCUUGUGGUCUAGUCUAUACAUUCUUGCCUUUUUAAAUAAUCAUACUCUUCAUUAGCAGGUAAGAGGGUCCACUGAAUGUUUUAAUAUUGGGUUUAAGUAAGGAAUGAUGGAACAAUGGAGCAAACUUUGCUGCAGAAAUGCUGGGCUUAAAACUAAAGCACACGAAGCUUCUUAAAUAAUUAUGUCUGUAGGAUAUAUAAAGCUGUUAAAUGAAUGAUUCAAAAGUAUUGAUACUGCAAACAUGUUUCAUUUAUAAUAAGAGAAGGCAGUAGACAACCCUAUCAUCCAAAAAUCAUUGUUGAUUUUGGAGGGAAAGUGCUAAUUCCACCUUGCGGUGAUUUGGCACAUCCAAAAAAAUCUUUUUAUAGCUGCUUAUAUAUUGCAAAGGGGAGAGAAUUUUAAGUUGCUUCAUGCAACUCGCUUGAUAUUUAUAUAUCUUUUGAUAUUUGACUUAUGUAGCCCUUGGGUACAGAUGGUGAAUGUUUUUAAAUUGCUGCUGUGAUUAUUUUCUCCCAGACUGUCAAUAUUGUAUGAGCUUAAUAAAAUCAAUACUGCUUUCA